AAGGGGAGGGGGAGAGAGGAACAGCUUCAUCAGCCAGCGCGCGCAGUUGGGCGAGCGGUAGUAGCGCGUGCGGCAGACGUUUGGCCUCUCCCAUCCCACCCACCCCUCCACCCCACCCCCCAAUCUUCGGCCGCGCGCGCUGUGCAGAAGGCGCUCUGUUCUCCCCUCAGCUAGCUCCCGGCCAUGGCCGCCGGCGAAGGGAGCGAAGAAGAGGUGCGAGUGUUGCAGACCCUCCGCGGGAAGAUUUGUAAGUCGUCGCGGGAAGAGGGUGGGGAGGGGGGCGUCGAAGGGAACGGAUUCCCCCCCCCGUUUCUCUCUGUCUGUGUGGAAGGGCGGACACGGGAAAAAGGGGUGAUAUUGGGACGGGGCGGCAAGGGGAAGGCAGAGCCGGAAGGAAGACGGCCUUUGCCUCGGGGCGGCCUCCCUGACUCACCCGCCGCCUCAGUUGUCCAGCCCCCGCUGUUGCCCGGGCUCCUUGGAGACGUUGCUGUGCCGCUUCCCUUACCUCAAGGGAGGGGAAGGCCGGCCGGCCUCCUUCCCUCCAGGCGGGGUGGGUGGGGGGAAGGUGGUCCCUGCAUGGAGGUGCAGAGUCUCUUGUGGGAUGUGCACACCUGUGGGCGGACGUGACGAGGGAAAGAAAGAGAAAAGCUGAGAGUAGGUUGGGUUGGGGGGGUGGCGGAAGCGAGAGACAAAAGCAUACAUGCUGUUUCCAGAAAGGGGGGUCUCUGCUGGGUAGGCGGUGGAGCGAGGGCAUGGCGACGCUGUUAUAGUAGCAAAAACCAACCACCACCAAAACAAGCAUCACACGGAUAGGCAUCCAUGCAAAGGGAAAUAGUGAUGGUGUGAACUGGGCAUCUUGCACUGCAGUGAGCGCAAGCCACUCUCUUCCACUCCUUGCGUUGGUUGGGCGAAACGACCUCAGCCCUCCUGGCCUCCUAAGUUACCUCACUUGACAGAGAGACACCCACCUGCCCCGUGCAUCCAAUCCUGGUUUUCCGUGGGUCUCUAUGAGUGCAAGGGUUUGCAAAUAUCUGCUUGUUGGGAUUGCAUUUUAUAUUUUUAGGUGUGCAUGCUACAUAUUUUAAGCUGCAUGCCUACGGUAAUUUAUUGUUACUUAUUAAAUUUGUUGGUUAAAUUUGUUAGUCACGUUACCCCAAAGUGACUUGCAGCCUAAGGCGAGUUAUGUGUGAAGAAGCCCUUGGAAAAGCCCUAGGAAACUCUUCCUAGUUAAUAGCUGGCAUUUGGAUGGUACUUCAUAAGGCACGUAUUUCAUCUCCAUAUUUUGAAAGCUUUUAUAAUACGCAGGCCAUGACAAUAUUAAGGACAUAAACUGAAAGGAGGAUGGUGUAGUAUUCCCUCCCAAUAGCAGUAGCAAACUGGCUUGUGGUACCAAGACUAAUAAAUCUUUCAGGGACUUAAGUCCAGUUUGUCAAAGGUAGCCCACAGAAGCUUAUGCCAUAGUAAAUUUUUUAGUGACACAAGACUUGGUAGUUUUUGCUACAACAGAAUAAAAUGGCUAUUUUCCUUGAUUUUUUUUUAGGAUGUGGAAAGCAAGGACAGAAUAAAGUUUAUAGAGCAUAUGAGACAUAGAAAGCAAUAAUAGAAAUUCAUUCAGUAAGAUACGUUCCCUGGGACAGAUGGACCUAGCAGAUAGAAUAAUAUUUGCAGUAUAAGGGAAUAGGAUAUGAAGUUAUUGGAGCAUUUAAAGGGUUGGUUUCUGAACAAUCAGGUUGCAGGUCCAAACAUAUUUGCUGGAUGAAGUAGGGAAGAUAGCAGAAAUAGCAUCAUGCUAGAUAAGUUACCUGGUAUUUAAUCAGGAAUGUACUGUGGUCAACAAUUUCCUAAAGGGAGUUGAAACCUAGCCAUGGUAAUUGUGUGCUACGUGGGUGAUCUACAGUUCCUGGCACAUAUUCUAGGGAUCUGUUCUUCCUGUGUAUGUUUGCAAGACCUUGUCAUGCUGAAGUAGUACUGCACACCUGAAGUCCCAAGUGUAGUUUUGAUGGAAGUUUGGUGAUGGCACCAGUGACAAUUUCUUUCUCUAAUCCAUGUUAUGAUAGGGUAGAAAUAGCAAGCAUGAGAGGUGCUUGUAAGUGUGUAAGCUAGUAGACUGGGCUGUACCUAGCAAAAUAGUUGGGGAAGUGCAUUCCUUGCAGCUAGGGGAAGAUGUAAUAACUUCAUGGGAAGGCAUGGCUUUAGCUGAAAUGGAAAAUAUUUAGUUUUGAGAGCCAUAAGACAUUACUUGAAAAAAGUGACAUCCUUAGAAGUUACACUGCAUUCAAUCUAUUAAAGGUAUUUCAUUUUGUCAGAAAAAUGCAACACAUGGGAUUCUUGUGAAAUGUGAUGUAGGGGGAAACUUGUACAGGAUGUUUUGAAGUAGUCACUUAGAACUCUUGGAUACCUUAAUGGGAUUGUGGGGUAAUAGGAUCCAUGUUAGCCACACCAAAUGUGGCAAAGAAAUUUUUAAACAUGAAGGCAGAAAACCUUCUGAUAAAUUAUAAGGGGCAAGAAAAUGAUAAUGUUAUGGGGCUGACGUAGAUUUUAGAGCAGCUAGGACAAACAGGAUGUAGUGGUUUUCCGAUGGUGGGAGGGAUCGAAGUACAUUCAUGUAAGUCAAACGUAACCCACUUCCUUUCUCACGCCUUUAUUCAGUCUUGUAGAGAAUGACUUGCAGCAUGCUUAGCUUCCAUUUUGAUGCGGAACUACCGUAAAUUUCAUAAUGUUUCAAUAGAACAGUAUUGACAAGAGAGAAGCAUUCUUAUAUGAGGUUAAAUGUGCAUAUUCAGCAUCAAAUCAACUCUCAGCUUAACGACCCAUAAUUUUUUUCUAGAAAAAAUAUUUUUUAUGAAAGCUUACCGUAUAUUUUGAAAGAUUCCAUGUGUUAAAAAUAGCAUAUGCUACUUUAUUUUGUUUUGUAUUUUUUAAUAAAAAAACAGUCUUAUUAUUAAACUGGUUAAUUACCGUUUCACCCUUUCAAACAGUUGCCUUAGAAAUUUUAAAUUGAUGAAUCUAAUUAAAGUUCAGUACUUUUGCAUCUUACUAAAACCUCUGUCAUCUUUACAUAUUGGAAAAAACUAUAAAUAAAUAAAUAAAUGUCAUUACCUGUCAUUAAAAGGAACUGCCAUCUUUUAAUAUUUCUUUCUCAUUUCCCUCUCAUUUCCCAUUGCAGUAAUGCAGCAGAAGCAAAAUAAUCUAAAAUAGAUGUUCUUGCACAAACUUGAUUAAUCAGUUAAAGCUCUGGUUGACUGAUUUGUUGUUUGGCAAUUGAAGCAACGGGUAAUAAUUACAUGAAUGCUACAAAGCACAUUUUAAUGCCAUUGUUGCAUUUCAUUCUGCAUGCUUAUUUUGAUAAACAGAUGGAAGCAUUGCAGUUCAUACUUGUGAAGUAAGGUAAAAGGACCCCUGACCAUUAGGUCCAGUCACGGACAACUCUGGGGUUGCGGCGCUCAUCUCGCUUUAUUGGCCAAGGGAGCUGGCGUCAUGUAGCCAGCAUGACUAAGCCGCUUCUGGCAAUUUGGAAAUACGACACAUAGACAUUUCAGGCAUCUAAAGUACAUUGGUUUAUCAAGGCAUCUAUAAUGGUCACAAACAUACCUAACAUCCUAGAGCCUUAAACUUACUUUUUAAUUUUACCUUUUGUUACCUGAUGUAGUUAUAUUUAGUAUUUUAUAAGUGCUUUUACUAAUUGAUCAAAGCACUUAACACAUAUCUGAAUUCUUACAACAUCUCUGUAUAAUAUAUCAGUUUUAUCCCAAAUUUUGGGAUGGAAAUGGCUGAAGUUGAGAGACAUUAGCUUGUGUAAUGUGCAAUCUUAUGAACACUUAAAUUGAGAGUAAAUCCUACUGAUCUCAGUGGCAGUUGAAUGCAGUGGCAUAUCCAUAGGAUGGGGCUGUGUGGCUAAGCUAAGACAGGAAGCCCCGGCUGAAAAUGUGUAGCUCGUUUUAUCUGCCAAUACAUGCUGUACUUUAACAGCUGUUUGGUAUGACAAAUUAGCUUUGACAUAAAAUGAUUAAGCCGCCAUUAUUUAUUAAUUUAUAUAACACAUAUAUGCUAAAAUGCCCACUUCGCUUACAUACCCAUCUUCUUUUAAGAGAAAACUAGCAGUGCGUCCCCAUGGGAAUUUGUUUGACCAUGGAAAGUAGUAUCUAUAGCACUUAAAAGUGAUAGUGAUGUGUUUCAAAAAUUUAACAAAGAAAAGAAGGGCCUGAUCCACAUGAUAUACUUCAGAACUAGGAAAUGCAGGUGCAUACCUGCAUGUGUGCUUCUUUUCUCACCCCAGAACACAACUUGAGUGUUUAUGCUGAUCUUGGACUAGCAACUAGUGUGCAAAAAUGCUAUCUUGUGCUAAUGAAGCAGUUUAUUCCAACUGCCAAUAUGUCUUCUUCCAACUGUGAAAUUGCUGUGUGUACGACAGGCAAGAGUAACUAGCACACUUGGCCGACUGCAACUUGGAACAGCAGAGGAAGCAUGCCCAGCUGCAUCAGUGUAGAAGUGGAAUAUAUUGCAUAUCAAGGGAGGCUUGCACACAUGUAGCUUAUGUAAUCUCUAAAAAAGGUAAAAGUAAAGGGACCCCUGACCAUUAGGUCCAGUCAUGACCGACUCUGGGGUUGCGCGCUCAUCUCGCAUUAUUGGCCAAGGGAGCCGGCGUAUAGCUUCCAGGUCAUGUGGCCAGCAUGACAAAGCCGCUUCUGGCAAACCAGAGCAGCACAUGGAAACGCCGUUUACCUUCCUGCUGUAGCGGUUCCUAUUUAUCUACUUGCAUUUUGACGUGCUUUCGAACUGCUAGGUUGGCAGGAAUGUGAUCUCUAGGUCAUGCUGAUUUUCACAUUUUGUAUCCAUAGCGUAUUGCAUUUUAAAUCUGGGGCUCUGGCUCUGCCUACUGCUACUCUCCCUUAUGUGUAUUGAUAGUAUGUGCUAUAUAGUGUCUUGAGGGCUAGAGAUAGCUUUGAACAGUUACAAUUAAUAAUAAUUUUAUUCAAAAUGAUGGUUUUCAUCCUCAUUCCUUCAGGGAGCUAUCUCUAUGUUAGAUUGUUUGCCAAGGGAUUCCAAUGCGUUGUAGAGGAAUUGUUUUAUAGUAGGAAUAGGGACCACCUCUCCCCAUAUGAACCAAUCUGGACACUGCGGUCAUCAUCUGAGGGUGGCAACACAAGAUCGGCCUUUUCUGCAAUGGCUUCCUGCUUGUGGAAUGCUCUCCUUAGGGAGAUUUGCCUGGCACCUUUAUUACUUACCUUGAGGCGGCACUAGGCAAAAACUUUGGCUGAUCAACAUUCUAUGGCCUUUAAAAUGUGUUUGUGGGAGGGAGGUUAUUGAUUUUUGUAUUUUGUUUUUCAUUUUGUACUCUUACGUUGUGAAUGCCCUGUGAUCUUCAGAUAAAGGGCGUUAUACAGUACAAGUUUAAUAAGUAAAAAAGGAAUAAAACCUGUGGCCCUUCAGAUGUUGUUGGACUCUAUUCAGUCCCAGCUAGCCAAUGUUUAGGGAUGAUGGAAGCUCAGUUCAUAGUAUCUGGGGAGUUAGGUGUUUCCCAUUCCUGCUCUAGUGGUUGCACCCAGUUUAUGUAAGACAGUCAUCAAAUCUGUUAGGUUUCCCUGUUGCCCAACUUGAAUUGAGAGUAUGAUCUCAAAUACACUCAGUACUCUGUUGCGGCUGCACUUUGCAAAGGAAGUUUUUCCACCAUUACUGGUUAUUUCAUUGAAAAUGCUGGAUAAACUAGGGUUUUCCAGUUUGAAAAGCCAGUAAUAUAAAAUGGUUUACUGUGCCAUACCAAUCCUUGAAAUCACUUAGUAAAUGGAAAUCAGCAAAACUUUGUGUUUAGGCCAAUUCUAUGUUAGUUCUAGGGCUUUAACAAUGAAGGGGUAGUCACUUGGAAAAGCUGAUUGCUUGGAACUGGUAGGAAAUUUGCAGAUAAAGGUCAGUUCUAUAAACACUAACACAUUGGUGUUGAGAUUUCAUCAGUGUACUUACCUGAAUGUACUUUAUUUUGUAAUAUGCUGCUGUAGAAAUAAGGCUCUAAAAUGGGGUGAGGAGUAUGGCCAGCAGAGGUGUCAACUUGAAUAAAUUAAUUGGGGGGGCUGCCCCACAUAAUCAGUGGUAAGACACACCAUUUGAAUGGUGAUGCCCAUCAACUUAGAGGGUAGCCCCCUCAAAUAUUUUAUUGCGGGGUUGAUUGGACCUCAGGCCCCUAGGAGUUGGCUCCUAUUAUGGCCAGUGAAUCAAAUUUGGUGGGCCUCAUUUUCCCCACCCCUGCUUUAAAAUGUAUGGUUGAGUUUGGACAGCUCUGUUGUUCAAACAGAAUGAUAUCCUUAGUAGCACCAUUAAGGGUAGUGAUAGAUGUAAUUUAUCUUUAAGGAAAAAUGGUAUCCCUGACUGCUUUCAAAAUGAUACUUUGUUUUAUUUUAUAAGGAAAUUAGAACAUUCUCCAGGCAAACUGUCUUAAACUAACGAGACUAACUUUAUUCUAAGUAUUGUGUAUUUUGCUUGGAGCAGGGAGGAAGUUACAUUGUGUUAAUAUUUUGGUAGCAAGUACUAUGACUUUUCAAUGUGAUAGUAACUCAAAAGUCUGGUUUUUCACUUGAUAUAGUUCAGACAAUUAUUUUUUUUCAGGGUAAACAUAAUAACUUUAUAAUGGACUGCUAAAUACAAAAUUUGUUCGUUGAAAAAAUACUAGACUCUGUUUGUGUUAUGUCUUGCGCCCAUAUUGCUUUCAGUUGCAAUCAUAUCUGAAGAAGUGUGCAUGCACACGAAAGCUCAUACCAAAAUAUAAACUUAGUUGGUCUUUAAGGUGCUACUGAAGGAAUUUUUUUAAGUUGCAAUCAUGUUUGAUUUAACCAGCCAUGUCAGGCUUAACCGGUUACCCAGAUGGAAUUCGAAGGAAAGUGCAAGUGUUGCAGGAAGUGAUGUUAAUAAAGCCUUCACUUUUAAGUCAGUAGUGACCCUGUUCUUAUCAGGUGAUGCUAUUCUAGAGGAAGUGGCUUCUGCCUUUUAAAGGACAAAACCAAGGUCCUGGCUAUGAUGAAAUAUUGUAUUCAAUUUCCUUUUUUAAUACCCAAACUUCCUUUUCUUCUUUUGUGCUUCUUUUGGUCACUUAAUUCAGACAAGGAUGCAUUACAGUGUGUGUAAAAUUUUGUUGCUUUCCAUUCUGAAUUACAACUCCAUACUGUGGCUAUAGACAACCUUGUAAUUUUUUUUCUCCAUGUUUGUUCAAAACUAAUCUUGUCACUAGGUCAAGCCAAAAACUUAGUGCCAUACUCUGGACAAAACAAGAUGAGAGACUGCUUUUGUACAAUCAAUUUGGAUCAAGAAGAGGUUUUUCGCACUCAGGUAGUAGAGAAAUGUUUAAGCCCAUUUUUUGGAGAAGAGUUCUACUUUGAAAUACCAAGGACAUUCCAGUGUUUAUCAUUUUAUAUUUAUGAGAAAAAUGUUUUACAGAGGGAUCUGCGUAUAGGCAAAGUAGCGAUCAAAAAAGAAGAUUUGAGCAAAUACUCUGGCAAGGAAACAUGGUUUAUGCUUCAGCCUGUUGAUUCUAAUUCAGAGGUUCAGGGGAAAGUUCACCUCGAAUUAAAACUGAAUGAGUUGAUUACAGAUAAUGGAUCAGUCUGCCAGCAGCUAGUAGUACACUUGAAGGAAUGUCAUGGACUUCCUCUUAUUAAUGGACAAAAUUGUGAUCCUUAUGCUACAGUGUCUGUUGUGGGUCCUUCAAGGAAUGACCAAAAGAAGACAAAAGUAAAGAAGAAAACAAGCAAUCCACAAUUUAAUGAAACAUUUCAUUUUGAGGUAACAAGGUCCAGUAGUUACACCAAAAAAUCACAGUUUCAGGUGGAAGAAGAAGAUAUUGAGAAGCUGGAAGUCAGAAUUGAUUUAUGGAACAAUGGUAACUUGGUACAAGACCUUUUCCUAGGAGAAAUCAAGAUUCCUGUCAAGGUGUUAGGAAGUGAUUCCUUCCAAGCAUGGUACCUUCUACAGCCAAGAGACAAUGGAAAUAAGGCAUCCAAAACUGAUGAUCAUGGAUCACUUAGACUGAAUAUAUGUUAUGCUGAAGACUAUGUGCUUCCAUCACAUUACUAUGCUUCCCUCAGAAACUUGCUGCUAAAGUCAUCAGAAGUUGAGCCUAUUUCUGCUUCUUCUGCUUACAUUUUGGCUGAAAUAUGUCGAGAUAAAUAUGAUGCCAUUUUGCCUCUUGUAAGGUUGUUGCUACAUCAUCAUAAACUAGUACAAUUUAUCACUGCAGUGGCAGAGUUAGAAUUGACGGAUACCCAGGAAGCAAAUACAAUCUUCAGAGGGAAUUCUUUAGCUACUCGAUGCCUAGAUGAAAUGAUGAAAAUAGUGGGAAAGCACUACCUGAAAGUUACAUUAAAACCAAUUCUUGAUGAGAUAUGUGAUAAUCCCAAACCUUGUGAAAUUGAUCCUUUGAAACUGAAAGAAGCUGAUAAUGUUGAAAUACACCAGGAAAAUCUGCGCUUCUAUGUUGACAAAGUAUUCAGUACAGUUGUACAGUCAAGUAUAAGUUGCCCUAAAUUAAUGUGUGAUGUGUUCUGUUCUCUGAGGCGCUUGGCUGCUGAAAGAUUUUCUAAUGACCCUCAUGUACAAUAUUCUGCAGUGAGCAGCUUUAUAUUUCUUCGUUUCUUUGCUGUAGCUGUAGUAUCGCCUCAUACUUUCCAUUUACGACCUCAUCAUCCCGAUGCACAGACAUCUAGAACAUUAACCCUUAUAUCAAAAGCCAUUCAGACACUGGGGAGCUGGGGAAGUUUGUCCAAAAGCAAGCUAUCAAGCUUCAAGGAGACAUUUAUGUGUGAAUUUUUCAAAAUGUUUCAGGAAGAGGCAUAUAUUGAAGCUGUCAAAAAGUUUUUAGAUGAGGUAUCAUCUACUGAAAGUAAAGAGCCAAGUGUCAUGAGCGAGUCGAUUCAUCUAAAAGAAGGGGAAAUGUAUAAAAGAGCACAAGGAAGAACACGUAUUGGGAAAAAGAAUUUCAAAAAGCGUUGGUUCUGUUUGACAGAUAGAGAGCUCACUUAUCAUAAGCAACAAGAUAAAGAUCCUAUUUACACCAUUCCAAUCAAAAACAUCCUUGCAGUGGAAAAGCUUGAUGAGAAUGCCUUUAACAGGAAAAACAUGUUUCAAGUGAUACAUGCUGAAAAGCCACUCUACGUGCAAGCAAAUAAUUGUGUGGAGGCUAGUGAGUGGAUAGAAGCUCUCUGUAGGAAGAGCAGAUACAACGAAAGCAGAUUGAGUGUUUAUCAUCCGUCUGCUUUUCUGAAUGGAAACUGGCUUUGCUGUAAGGCUACAUCAGAGAACACAGAAGGUUGCACACCAUGCACUGUAGGUGUGCCUAAUGACAUCCAAAUAGAGAUUGAUGGGGAUCGAGAAGCGGAGAGAAUCUAUUCCCUUUUUGCUAUCAACAUGCCAAAGCUGCAAAAGAUGGAAGAGGCUUGUGGAAGUAUAGCAGUCUAUCAAGGUCCGCGGAAGGAACCGGAUGACUAUUCUAAUUUCAAAAUUGAGGACUCAGUAGCAACUUUUCAAACACUUCAGCAAAUAAUAUCUGUUGUAGAAAAGUUGGAUGAGCAUCAUGACAGACAUGGGAAGAAAAGAUCAUCUAGUGCUAAAUAUGGCAAGAAAAUCCAAUUGUUGGAAAAAUUUCUUAACCAAAGACACACUGCAAUAAGUGGAUUUCGAAGAAACUGGAGUAGUUUUCACUUUUUAAAAAUCCUGAUUGUAUGCUGAUUCAGAGUUUUUAAGAAUCUACAUUGCCUGGAUAUUAGCUGUGUACAGACAAUAUAUUUAUUAUUUAAUAGGGAAAAGACUUGCUUGGGAAUCUGAUUGUUUUGCAGGGUGAGGAACAUCAGUUCCAUUUCGCUUAAAGAACUAAAAGUGCCAGAAGAUGAAAGUAAAUAAUUUUUCUAGCGCUGGAAGGAACUACUAAAGGAAUAAGCUUUUUAAGGGAGGAAAUUAACUACCACUGCAGAAGGGACUUUGGGUGUGCCAAGAUAAUAAUCCAUUUCAUUUAUGAACCAUCGGUACCUAUUCUGUGGACAAUGAGUCUUGGCAAAAGAAAUCCCAACUGGUAACAAAAGGAAUCGAAGCUUUAUAUACAGCACACGGCCACUUUUUAAAUGGUCCUUUCUUUAUCCACAAUAGACAUUUGUAAAGAAAAAAGGUACUUUUUAAAUGUGCAUUCAUAAUUAGCAAUGUUGUGUUAUUUAAGUGAUAUUACUGAAACAGGACAAGUCAGGGAGUCUAUGCAUCUUGUUUACAAUUGGAGUGAGCAGUGAAUGGAGUGACAUGGGACCACUGUCUGAAUUUUGUUUUUUUAAAUAGCCAGUUACUAGUACUUUAUUUAGCAAUCAGGGCGUUUUUGGAAGUACUGUGUAAGAACUUAGUGCUGUUGGGAAACUAUUAUGGGUGCAUACCAAGCAACAUCUACCUGCCAAUUAAAAAAAUCACCCUAAAGAUAGGUAUUACACAUUGGAAAUAUGUCACAUCCAAUUGCAACUAGUUGAUUUCGAAAACCACUCCAAGCACUUUAAAUAUCUGGAUUGCCCCCAGAUUAUAUUUAAAGAUACUUUGUAGUAUCUAAUCAUUAUGAUCAGUUGAAUGAUCACUAUUGUGGCUUAAAACAAUGCUUUUGUGAACAUUUUUAUAUCUAGUUUUUUACCUGCUAGGUGAAGUUUUGGACUCAGAUUUGCAUUUAGAAACUCUUAAUCUUGCCUUCCUGAUAUAUUUUUAGUCAUAGGCUGAUAAAAAUGUAUGUAAUGAACAGAAACAUGGUAUCCAACUAUGACAUAGGCUGGACCCAUUGACAUCAAUACACUUAACUCCAUUGAUUUCAGUGGGUCUGCUCUAAGUAUGACUAAUGCUUGAUAUCACCCCAAGCUUCCUUUCAUCAGUAUUAUUGAAUGUGGUACUAGGAAACCUCAUAUUGGGAGCAAUUUGCUAAGCACUGUAAAAAUUGAUAUAUUGCCACAUAUUUGUAUAUUGUUAUUCUAGUUUACUUUUCUACACUUGUUUUUCUUCUUUUUGGCUGCUAUUUGCCACUGUUGUGGUUAAUAUUUGUUUUAAUUGAUAGAAAUUGGGAAGAAUGGAUACAAGCUGCUUAAAAUACUACAUGAAUUACUAACAGUAUGGCAUUGCCUAAGAAAAAAAUCAAAGAUCUUGCUGUAGGAUUCAACAGCCAGAUAAGGCUUUCUGCACCAGCAAAUAAAUGCUUAUAAUCUACUCAGCUACUUUAGGCAUGCGCAAAAGGGUUGCAUGCAGCCAGUGGGAGUCAUUUUAGAACAGCCGAUACCCAUGCCUUAUCACUGACUGCUUUGGAUAUUUCUUUGGAGUUUCAGAAAUAGUUUGCCAUAAACAUGGGGGCUAUUGUUGAAGACCCCUGGGCAUAUGGGCUUAGUGUAGUACUUUGGAUCAUGGAUCUGAGUGGAUUAGCAGAAUGAAUGGCACAGAAGUUAUGUAAGAAGAACACUAGAGAUACAAACAAAUCUAAGAAAAUUACAACUGAAUCAACAAUUGGGAGGUAUAAAGCUAUUUUAUGUAUGUAUUUCAAGUGCAGGCACUCCUGAAUCAGAGGUGUUCUCCUUUCUAUGCUCAGCAUUCAGCAUUGGACAAAUCCAGAAGUACUGAUGGAAAUUAUUUCCUCUAGAAUCUAGAUAAGGCUCUCCAUCGGAAUACCCUGUUCAGGCCUGGGUAUUCUACAAUCUACCAUUGUCUGAUAACAUUUUUUAAAAAUUGUACAUGGCACAUUUGUCUACCCUACGUUUAAACAAAAAUAUUCAACUAAAAUAUUGGAGAUGUGAUUGUGCAUUGCAAUUUGUUUGUACGGGGACUUGUUUCAGUGGGUUUUACUGUUUUUGAUAGGGAAAUAGGCAAAUGCUAUUAAUUCAAUCAUUGGUUCAUCACCUGGGUGAGAGCUACAUACUAUAUCAGUUGUAGUAGUGGGAUCAUCUCAUAUGUCACUCUUUUAAUCUUUAUUUAAUUCAAUUGGUGAAAAAUAAAGAUGCAAAUAAAUGCAAAUAGUACAAUCAAUACAGAAUAAUAAUUAUAUUUAUAUUAGUUCUUAAUCAUGUACAUAGUUUUAAACAGUGGCCUAAUUUGCUCAUCAAGGUAAGUCAUUACUUAUCAUUCCAACUUUACUACUCCUGUAGCAUGAGAAAAAAUCAGCCGCAAUCCCUGAUUUAAAAGUAUAUCCAAAUCAAAAUUGCCGUUUGUUGUGCUGGAACAAACUGCAGUUGAUAAGCCAAAAACUUUGGGUUUACAUCAUUGUUUGCUUGAAGCAAAAUAAGCCACAAUUCCUGGUUUGGAUAUAACACUAAAUCGGGGAUUUUGGCGACAUGAGCAGUGGCAUCUAUGCUGAGCAUCUGAAAAUAUAGGGGAUGGUGGACUUAAACAAUCAUCUGGGGCUUUUCAGUAUAUUGAUACUCAGUCAAGAUGAUUGAAUUACAAUGUUAACUUGUUGCAUCAUCACUCUGUCAUUCUCUCUUGGCAUUUGAUGAAGCCAUUUACCCUGGUAAACGUGUUGGUCUAUAAGGUGCUUCAAACUUUUUGUAAUGCUUCUGUUAAUCGUUUUGGUUCCUGUUCACAUUAUUUCUAAAAUGAUUCCCUCCUUUUUAUUUUUGGAAGAGUAUGUCAUGAUUGCACCGGGACCAUGUCAAUGCAUAAUAUUUAUUAUUGAGGGUUAUCACUCUGCAAACAGUUCUGUUGAAAGGAUGUAAACUUAAAUUGGGAUAGUUAAUACUAAGAAAACUGGGGUCACCUGUUAAUCAGUUCUGUCUCUGUAUAUCAUAUCUUCACAAAGUAACAUUUGAGUAACUUUGUUUCUGCCUUAUUCUAAAAGAGCAUGAUUAAUUUCUGAUCCUUGUGCAAGCAUUGUUCCGUGGAUGGAGAUGUUCAGAAUAGUGCUUAAUAAAGCCCCCAUUUCCCUGCCUCAUUGACCUUUUACUAUACAUAGAUAGCAGCAAACCACCCCCUGUUUACCAGGAACAGCUAGUACACACCUCCCAUAUUAGUAAUUCAUCUAUUCAGUUGCUGUUGCUAGAGUUAUACUGGAUUGCUGUACAGAACGAACACAUUGACCUGAUGUCAGUCAUUCUGUGUAUUCAUCAAAACAUGGAGAUGGACAGGGCUCUCUCGAGCAAAUAAAGCUCAUUCAUCCUCCAAAUUACAUUUAUACCAAAUUAAACCUGAGCUCUUCAAAACUAUUAUGGGGAAUAAAUGCACUUUCAAAAGUUAAGGUACCACAUUGCGUAGAUAAAGUACGAGGCAGUUAAUAAUAAAGUUUCGAGACUGAGCAGCACUGAAAAUAUUUCAUGUUCCAUUGUAAGCAGUAUCGAUGUUUUCAGCAUGUGGCCAAGUGCCAAAGAUCUUCCUAGCCUUGACCAUGCAAUUCUUUUUGUCAGUGUUAUAUUUCAAAUGCAGUAGAUAACCCAGAAUUAAGUUUUGUAUGAACUAGGUAGUAAAUAUUGAAAAGGGUUUCUGUUUGGAUUAGUUUAGAGAUUAAAAAACAAAAAGAUGCUUGCUUAAUUAGCUGUGGUUGACAUGUAUAUUUUGCAGUAUAUUUUUAAUUUGUCAAGAUGAUACAUUGAAUGUAUUUUUAUUUAAAGUUUAUUUUCUUAACACAAGUAUUAAAGUUUGAAACUUGCAUGUUGCAGCCACUUUAAAUAUGUUGGUUGAUCAUUUUAAAUACUUAAUACACACAAAGGUUUUCUCAAAGAGUGGAUGCUAAAAAGAUGUUGAUCAAUUGCUUAUUGUUCCAUCUUAUGAAAUAGGCUGGAAAUACUAGGAUCUGUGAAUGCAUUGUUCCCUUGACUGAAAGAAACAUAGGUGGUUAACAUACAAUAUAACUUCUGCAGAAAACCUAUGCAAAAGGGUAUGACUAUGGCUGUAACAUAAACAAAUUACAUGUCAGAGUACAGUUCAGAUAACCUUUAAAUGUCAUGAUAUAGUUGCUUGGUCUAUUUGACUUUUUAUUAAUCAAGAUGAACAGAAUCCCUUUAAAAUAAUUUUGUGGUUUUAUAUAAAAAUGCAAGAUGUGCUAGUAUAGCCUAAAUAAACUGGAACAUUUAUUUCCUUGGAAGAAUAGAUACCCAAACUUUUCCCCCCUAAAUGUUCCAGUUAGUACACCAGAAGAAAGGUUAUGAGAAUUUUAAAAUGUAUAUUUCAUAUGGAAUUUUAACAAAAUUAAGAGGUAAACACAAAAUACCUUUGGAUUAAAGGAGUUAUCGGGUAUCAUAUAUAAUUUAUGGCUGUUAGCCCUACUAGUAUCUUAGCAUAUUUAAACUCUUCUAGUAGAAUCCUAAACAAGUUUAUUCAGCAGUAAGACCCAUUGAAUUCAAUGGAACUUGCUUUCAGUUAAGUGUAUAUAGAAUCACAACCUUUAAUAAGAUGGAUGAUGAUAUGUUGAGAAACAGAAAGCUUUAAAAAAAUGUUAUGAAUGUAAUAGACAUUUGGGACUGCAGGUGUAAAAUAGCCUUUGAUACACAAUCAGUGGCUUCAAUCAUAAAUGAACCCUUCAAUGCAGAUGAACAUUUGAGAGUGUUUAGAUUCUAAAGAUUUAAAUUUGGAUAUAGCAGAGACUGUUAGAUCUGUUUUAAAAAAUUGGCAGUUUCCUUCUCAAGUCAUUGUAUCACCUUCAAGAUCUUUGGGGACGGACGGACUCAAAACUACAAAAUGUUGAACUUAUGGCAUAAAACAUACCUUAUUUUUUCUGAAUCCAUACUAGGCAAACCAUUGCCAAAGUGUGUGCAUAUUUUCAUGUUCUCCAGAACAUUUUGUCAGUCUAGAUAGUGAACAAAUUUGAUGGUAGAAUGUGGGAUGAGGUAAAAGAUGUUCAAAUGAGGCUCUGGCAGGUGCUUUGCAUCUGAUCUGGGAAGAAGAAGCAUACAAUGGUUUAAAACAAUAUUAGAAAAUGUAAAAUCUAACUGUUACCCAGAUGGGUCUCUGUCCUUGGACAAAACAUAUCAGUUUCUUAGUAGGUAGAAAGCAGGAAAACAGGGUUUUAAAAUAAAUCUGAAGGUUAAUUUCAGGUGGUGUGAUAGGUUUUCUUUUGUUUUUCUAAAGGAGUCAAAGUGGGUUACUUCACCUAAUAGCCCCUUUUGAAUGGGCUGCAUCCAACACAGCCCAUGCAUGAGCAGUACUGACUUCUGCAAUUGGACUUCACCUUCCUCACCUCCACCCUCACUGCAUGCCCUCAAAAUCUAUUCCAAAGGGUUGAGGGAUCCUCUGAAGCAGAUUUUGGGGGUACAUGGGAGGCUGGGGGGAGGAGGAAAGUGAAGUCUACCCAUCCGAUAUUGGAUCCUGCCCAGUCCCCUUCCAUAUUGCAUCUUAAGACUGAGUAAAUGCAAGGUCCGUCCUUGGCUCAAGCAUCAGACGUUUUUCUUCCACAUCCUUUAGGGGUUUUUGCCAGUUCAUCUGAUGAAGAGUUCUGAUCAGUGCUCUCUCUUUUUUUAAGGAAAAACGGUGCUGGUAUUCAGUGUGAAGUUGUUAGGCUAUAGUAAGUGCCACACUUUUAACAUUUGGGGGUGGGGAGAGAAGGUGCCAGUACUAUGUACUCUUGAUUACCCUUAGGGGGGAAAGCACUGGAGAACUCAAAAAAAAUGCACACUCUUUUGUAAGAUGUUGUUUGGUCUAGGAAAUAUACUGCCCUAAUGUAUGUGUAUGUGUGUGUAAAAUAAUUUAUUAUGGGCCAACAUGGCUACCAUAUAUGAGAAGGUGGAAUUAAUAAAUAUAAUGACAUGUAUCAUCAUGGAAAUUGCAUAUGAUAUAUACAACUGAUAACAGUAGAUGUCUAAAGAGAUGCAAUCACCACAUCAUAAAAUUAUCUAGGAGAUUAAGGCACUAUGUUGUGAUUAUGCAGCUAAUUUCAAAAGUUGUGGGAAACAGUCUAGAUUUGUGACUUGGAUAUCACCCGAUGCUUUAUUAUAUGUGGCAAUGUUGUCACUAUCAAAUAUUCAGGUGUCCUUCCUUAUUACAUAUAAUUGCCAGAUUGAGUUUGGCUAGACAUUAGAAAAUGAGAUUUCCUCAUCUCCAAGAGACUGGCUUAACUGGGUCUGUGUGAUAUUUACUUCAAACAGACAGACAGCAAAUCAUCAAUACAAUAUCAAGCUGUAACUGAUGUUGGGUUGUCAGUGAGGUUGACUUUCUUCUGCAUGCUAAUUAUAAUUUGUUAUGAAGAAUGUUUUCCUGUAAAAGCUGAUUUUUA